AAACAGAUAAAACACUAAAGCACAUUAAGCUUAUAAACUGUUCCAGAAACCCCCUAAUGAUGAAGAGAAACUAAACACCCACACCUUGAGUCUGGGAAACAAAGCAAACGCUGCAGUUUCAAGAUGAACUGGUCCUUUCAAGAUUUUGCAGGACAUCCUCUUUUGAGUUUCGCUUUCAGUUGAUGCCUUACAAUAUAUAAGGUGCAGGGGUACUGAACAAGACCUCACCAAACAACACUCCACCAAAGACUUGUUGAGAUUGAGAACUUGUGGCGCACUAUAAUGUCCGAAAGACGAAAGUUACACCAACAUGAUGACGACCAUGAUAUACCCACUAAACAUUUCCAACCUGAAGAUGACGAAACUGACGAAGAAUCCGAAAUACCUUCUACCAAACAGCGUCAGAAUGGUGGCAUAAAUGAAAUCGUCGAGGAUCCUAUAAAAAAGUCAAAAGUGCAAAAUACUUCUGCUUAUGUGUCAAGUGACAUCAUAGGCAUGAUUGACACAUUUGACAGACCAUUUAAAACCACUGCAGAAAGUGGUUAUGCCAAGAAAGAUUCAUAUGCAUCAGGUUUUGAAAACAAACCAGGAAAGAGGAUUCCCAAGGCUACAUACAUUGCGGAAGCAGGAUACGGACGAGCUCGUAUUGAAGCCAGUGUACUUGAGGCAAAAGCCAAAGGUCCAAACGCCUCAUUUGGUGCUGAAGCCAGUGUGGCUGGAGUCAGAGCAAUGGCUCAAGCUGAAGUUGCCAGUGCAUCAGCUAAAGCCGGUCCAGUUGGUGUAAAAGUGGGACUUGGAUUUGACACGGGUGCAUCUGUUGGUGCGGAUGGAGUGGAGGUCAAAUUCCUGGGAACUGGAAUCUCAAUUGGUCCAAAAACCAGUGUAUCUGUUCUGGGUUCAGAAGCAUCAUGUUCAGUCAUGUAAUCACAGAGGCAUUAAUUACCUUUGAAUAUUUAUGUGUAACUUUUUACUAUGUCUAAAUUCAUCCUAAAAUCCAUUCUCUGUCUCACUCUUGACUGUUCCCGUUAGGGGCAGGUUUUACGAUCCUUCCUGACACAACCUAACACUGACAUCCUGAAAAUCUGAAAACUAUUCCUAAAAUUUACCCACUUAAAUCAUUAAAUCUGUUGUUGUCUAUGACUGUUAUUGUUGCAUAGAUUUUUAUGAUUCAAUUCUAUCUCUAAUCUAUACAUUAUCACAUUGUAAGCCUAUUUAUCUAUAUUCCUGUCCCCAACAUGUUAUCUGUCAAAACUUCAACUGUUAAACUCACACUUGGGUGUAUAAUUUGGCCAUAUAUCUUACAUAUUAUGUUUUGUUACUCUAAUUUGUCAACCUCUUUGUUAUUUCUAUGAGCUGUUGCUGUGUUUUCUGUAUGAGUGCCCUAUAAGGUCAAGAACAUGUAAUAUUUCCUGAACCUACUUAGCUAAAUAAGUAUGUUUAGUUUCUACAUAUUUAGUGUCUGUUAUUGGGAUGUUUUGCAUGUGAAAUGCCCAGUUCCUCCUUUUUCGGAGUGCCCUUGUUUUAAAAUGAGUCUCGGUGCACAUUCACUUUUACAA